UCCGUUACAUUUUUUAAACAUUUUGGAGUGUCCAGUCUGCACGUGCGCUGUGCAUUUUUAUAUCCACUACUGGUUGCAUGUUUCACUGCGUCUUCCAUUUGGCAUAUACACGUUUUAAAGAGUCUGUGCUCAAGUAUUUCCGGGUGGCAUGACUUCGCUUUCUUCCGGGUCUGGUAUACCAUCAUGGAUGUUCAAGAGAAUUGGCCAGAAAUAGAGAAAGCCGCAAAAGAGAAGAGACGCGAACUGGUCCUGCAAGGUGCAGUUAUCGAUGAAAAGAUAUCCUUGAAUGGAGGGCUGUGUUCCACUAUCUAUUCUCUCAAGCUCCUAAAUUACCUAGAAGUCAUCCAAUGCCCGAGUUUGACAGAAAUUCACGGAGACAUCAAAAAUCUGACCACCCUUACAAGCUUGAUUGUUUGUAGGAAUAAGCUUUCCUCUAUUCCAAAAACCAUUGGACAUUUGAAGUCACUGAAAGUCCUCGACAUUUCAGUCAACAACCUGAAUGCUUUGCCUGAUGAGAUAACCCAGCUAAGCGAGCUCAAUACACUCAACGUGAGCUGCAACAAUAUCGAGUCACUGCCAGAUGGACUGUGUCAUUGCACGAAGCUCUCCAUCAUCAACAUCUCAAAAAAUGGCAUCACUCGGUUCCCUGAUGACUUCUAUCGCCUGGAUCUCCUCAGCACUGUCAUCGCCUCUGAGAAUUACAUUGAAGACCUGAGUGGAAAUGUUCACAUGCUUUCUGCUCUAAAGGUUUUGGACCUAUCCAACAACAAGCUCAGUGACAUCCCCUACGAGUUGAGCGACUGCUCCAAGCUGAAGGAGAUCAACUUCAAGGGAAACAAACUAAAAGACAAGCGGCUGGAGAAGAUGGUCAAUGGUUGCCAGACCAAGUCCAUCCUGGACUACCUUCGGGCCGGUGGCAGAGGGAAAGGCAAAGGCAGCAAGCAGGCCGAUGGGGACGGGGAUAAGGCCGACGGGGGCCGGAACGCAGAGAAGACCCAGACCAAAAAGCAGCGCAAGCAGAAGAAGAAGAAUGAGGAGGACGAGGAUGAGGUGGAUAAGUUGAACCGGCUGGUGGUGAAGGUGCUUCACAUUUCUGACAACCCCGGGGCGUUCACUGUAAAGGUGGCCAACGAGCUGAAGGAUGUGAGGCCAUACUUGGUGUGCUGUGUGGUCAGAGGCAUGAACUUCAGGUCGGGGAAUGCGCUCAAGAGAUUCCUGGCUGCUCAGACCAAACUUCACGAUGACCUAUGUGGUAAAAGGACAACUGCAACCAUUGCAACUCACGACAUGCAGCUACUCAAGGGACCUCUCAUGUAUGAUGCCAGGCUUCCUCCCAUAUUAAAGAUAGUCCCCCUGGGCCGUAAGGAGAUGACUGCGGUGGAGCUGAUGAGGCAGUUGCAGCUGGAGGCAGAGGACCAGAGGAAACAGAGGAAGAGGCAGAAUGUUUCUGGCCUCCACAAAUACCUGCAGCUUCUUGAUAGAAAAGAACUCUACCCAUGUCUGGUGGAUGCAGAGGAUCAUGUGAUCUCCUUUCCACCAAUCAACACAGCUGGAGAAACCAAGAUCAGGAAGACGACUAAGGAGCUGUUCUUAGAAGUGACCAGUUCUACCAGCCUGCAGAUCUGUAAAGACGUGAUGGAUGCUCUCAUAGUGAAAAUGGCGGAGCUGAACAAGUUCACGUUGGAGCACAGAGAGGAGGCUGGGUCAGAGGGGGAGUCAGACGUACCCCCAGACCCCGCCUCAGAUGGUACCACCUCAGGAGAGCUGAUCAUCCAGCAGGUUCGCACCGUGGACCCUGACGGGAACCUCAAGGUCGUCUACCCGUCCAAAACGGACCUCUCCACGGAUGUCGGCAACCUGAACGUCAUCUGGUAGUUGUGCCACAGUUGCACCUUUUUUGAUUUAUACAAUUACAGUCUCACACAGUUAAAAUCACAGUACUGUAUAUGAGAUGUUCAAUGUGUUUGCCAGGUUCUCUUUUGUAGCAUUAUCGAUUACAGCCACUCAUUUCUCAAACAUGGAAAUAGUCUAUUAUAGCCUUGCUUAAUGUUCUUGAUUAUUAUUUGCAGCUUCUGCUGUUUUAAGGUAUAAAAUAAUUAAACUACCUACCCAACUUAAAAUAUGUUUUUUAUACUUUUAUAUUGUUUCACACUAAAGGCAACUCGUUUGUUUAAGAUUAUUAUUUUUGACAUGUACAAUAACUGUAUAAGCCUGUAGCAAGCCUGUGGUCAGUAGAGUAGACAUAAUUAAUGACCAUUGAAACAAGUGUAAAACCUUUUUCCAUUCCUCUCUUUAAUUAAUUAAGGGCAGGGAAUGUGUAUAAUGUCUAAUAUUUAAAAGAUCUCUCAAAUAAAUUGAACUUUUAAGGCA